AAAUGCGGCAAUUUUGCUUAUUUACGUAGCCAUUCAACCAGAAAUGAGCCUCAUCGCUGAACAAAAUUUGUCGAUAAACACAUUUCGAACCGAACACUGAUUUUGGUAAUAAAAUUCAAUGAUUUGCAAGCGUUGCUCGUUAGUAAGUCUAUUCAUGAUGAAAUGUCAAAGCAUACUGAGUAUCUUUCUCUUUGACACCAUGUCUGAAAUCCCACGUGAUCUGUCAAAUACUAAUGCAUGAAAAUCCUAACCUCAAAAAAAUCACCCGUUAUAAACUGUUUUACAUUAGUCAUACUUAUGUGUGUAUGUAUUCAAACCGAUGUUUGGAGAGUACCGAUCAAUACUGCAAUUAAUGGUCUUAAAGAUUCAAAUAAAUUGUACAGACUUGAAGGCCGAAUUGCAGACGAUACCAAUUACAAAUGCUGGUCGCGUGCAUUUUGUUGGUAACUCAAAGCAACAUCAUGCGAUUUAUGCGAAAGACUAGUCCGCAAGCCGAUAAACUAACAGUUAGUACAUUGAAGCAAACGAGGACGGUACAAAUUAGACAAUUGCUUUAGUGUAAAGCAGCAAUUCAAAUACCUCUUUUAAUAUGAUCAUAUUUCACGGUAGUACCAAAACACUUUCGAGCUUUUUAUCUUCGAGUUUUAUUUGUUGUGUUAUUAUAUUUGGUAAGACCACUACCCAGGCGCGGAUACAACCUUUGUUAUGGAGUGCAUCAUAUAAACCAGAGAAAACGGAUGCUCUUGAUCUGGGCUCUGGGAGCAUCGGGAGUGGAAAACAGUUUGACUACAUACAAUCUGUACCUAAUGUAAAUUUGAUCCUGCCAAGUAGAUUACAGAAUAGUACUAAUCCGUAUAAUAUCUUACUGCAUAAGUCUGGUUUUGAUACCGUAAGACUAAAUCUACAACAAGCUACCAGUAAUAAUAAAUGGAUCAUCAAAAUAUAUGGUGAAGGCACCGAACAUAAAUUUCCGCCAUUUCUGGAGCGCAUCAUUCAACGUAUCCAAACAUAUUUUUCAGUUUAUAAGUAUACUGACACUAGUGAAGUAGGAAGUUCCACAAUUUCUCUAGACAGCACAGCUGCAAACGAUGUGGUAACAAAAGAGAACCUUUCCUCUUUGGAUACUACAUCGGUAAAAGAAGGAAUUAGCAAUUUGACACAACCUCUAAAUAGCUUAAAGGAUGAAUCGACAGUGCAAGAAAAUAAUGCUGACUUGAUAGAGUUUAUCGCAAUAGGCGAAUAUGAUGACGAUUACAAAGUUAUGGCCGAAGACUGAAUAUUAGUGAUAUAAGUACAUAUGUAUAUGACAUCAUAAUUUAUACUUAUGUAUAAUACAAAAAUAAAAAAUCAACUAGAAGGAAAAUAUUGAUUUAAUUAGUAGUGCUUUGUCGCUUUAUAUUGUGUAAUAGAUUACUAUUUGUUCAAAGGCAUCUGUACUUUCAUAAACAAUGUCAACAAAUGUUAUUUAGUACGCUAUACAUAUGUAUGUACAUACUUAUAUCCAUACCGUUGUGUGGCUCAUUUGUAUUUCUAGUGAUGUACUGAACACAUAACGACGACAGACGACAAACGACAAACGAGAGUACGAAAGUGAAAUGAAAACAAAACAACGCAUGUACACAAAACAACGCAGCUGUCCAUUUUGCAUGUACACAAUUUCGUUGUGGCCAUACUAAUAUCUUGCACUUCAAUGAAAUUUUAAUAUUUUGUUCAAAGUUAAAUUUUUUAUGCAAAAAAUAAGUAAAUAGGUAUAUAUUUUUGUUUUAAAUUAUCAAUUGUUAUUACAAAUGAUAAAAUAGAGCUAUUUUAUGCUUUUAUUUGUAAAAUAACGUCAAGUUUGUAAGAGCUGUGAAUAAUUUUACAUUUUACAUAUUAGUGGCAUCACCACUCUUCCUCAUCUCUCUUCUUCAUUCUACUGUCGUUGGCAAAUAGGAAUUAGCGAGAAUGACAACUGUCGGCCUACAGUCGUGUUUUCGUGUCGUCGUCAAAAUAAGUGUCCAUAAGAACGUGUGUAAUAUUUGACAGAUGUCGUUUGUCGUCUGUCGUCCUUAUGUGUUCAGAGCAUGAACUU